AUGGCCACCAUCAACCACACCGGAGUGAGCCACACUGUCUUCCUCUUGCUGGGCAUCCCCGGCCUGGAGGGCCUGCACAGGUGGAUCUCCAUCCCCUUCUUCACCUCCUAUGUCAUCGCCCUGCUGGGGAACAGCCUGCUCGUCGGCAUCAUCCUCAGCAGACGCAGCCUCCACGAGCCCAUGUACCUGUUCCUCUGCAUGCUGGCUGGGGCAGACAUUGUCAUCUCCACCUGCACGGUCCCUCAGGCCUUGGCCAUCUUCUGGUCACGUUCUAGGGAGAUCUCCCUGAACUGCUGUAUUGCUCAGCUGUUCUUCAUCCAUUCCACCUUCAUCUUUGAGUCAGGGAUCUUGCUGGUGAUGGCCUUUGACCGCUACGUCGCCAUCUGUUCCCCACUGAGAUACACCACUAUUCUCACACGCUCACUCAUUGGGAAAGCUGGGGUGGCUGUCUUUCUGAGAAGUUAUGGUACAAUUUUUCCCAUCAUAUUUCUUCUGAAAAGAUUGACUUUCUGCCAGAAUAAUAUUAUUCCACACACCUUUUGUGAACACAUUGGUCUGGCUAGAUAUGCCUGUAAUAGCAUUAGAGUGAACAUCUGGUAUGGGUUUUCAGUCCUAAUGUCUACAGUUGUUCUUGAUGUCAUGCUUGUUUUUGUUUCCUAUGUGUUGAUUCUCCGGGCUGUCUUCAGAAUGCCAUCCCGAGAUGCUCGCCUCAAAGCCCUCAACACUUGUGGCUCCCAUGUCUGCAUCAUCACCCUCUUUUAUGGGCCUGGGAUCUUCACAACACUUACCCAUCGAUUUGGACGCCACAUUCCGCCCCAUGUCCACAUUCUGUUGACAAAUGUUUGUAUCCUGGCUCCACCUAUGCUGAAUCCUAUCAUCUAUGGAAUCAAGACCAAGCAAAUCAAAGAGCAGGUGAUCCACAUGUUCUUCACAAAGUAG